GGCUCUAAGUGAAGCCAGCUGCCACGCUAUGAGCUGCUCUUGGGAGGGGCUCACGUGGCAACAGUCAACAACCAAAAAGAAUCCGGGGCCCUCAGUGCAACAACCUCCAAGGAACCAAGUCCUGCCAACAACCGCUGGAGUGACCUUGGAGGCAGAUCCACCCGCAGCUGGACUUUGAGAUAACUGAAGUCUCCUCCCUGGAGCCUGCAAGCAACCCUGAGCCAGAGGCCAGCUAAGUCAUGCCUGGAUUUCUGACCCUUGGAAACUGUGAGGUCGGAUGUGAGUGUUGCUUUAAGCCACUAAAUGGUGGAGUGAUUUGUUGUACAGCAAUAGAUAAUAGUCUCCAUUAUUUAAGACUAAGUAUCUAUUGUCAUGUAAUGGGGAAACAAACAUGAAAAAUACAUUGUCCUAGCCUUUAAGGGACACCCAGCGUGUGAUCGCUGCUACUGUGAGUAUUGGGGGAACUGGAGAGGGAGCUGCCUCUCUAACUCGAGCUGAGGGGUCCGGCAGGCUUCCAGGAGAGGCUUCACGGAGCAGGGUCUGGAAAGGUGAGUAAAAGCUUGCCAGGUGAGGCAGGCAGGCAGGCAGUGGGAAGGGAAGCAAGAGAACACAUUUUCUUCCCUCCCCGGAUCUGGGAAAUUGUCGUAAAAUUACACACUUGGCAAGAGGGUAUUUGGCAGUUACAUGCUUGACGCAAGAGCUAGUGAUUCACCCCAAGGCGUCUCAGAAGUGUGUGAGUCAGCAGGCUCUUCCUGGCUCAGACCUUGGUGAGAGCCGGGAUUUGAGUCGACUCUGCUGGAGUGAGCGUGUUGAAGAUGACAAGACUGACUGAGAGGAGAAGAGAUUUGCCUGAGACAAUAAAUACCACCAACUCACUUUUUGAGCGCCAGCUAUGCACCAAGCCCUGUGCUGGCAAAGCGUUAUCUUGUCUAAUCUUCUGGUCCAACCGUGGGGCGAUGGUAUAAUGGCCACCAUAAGGAGCAGGUAUCUUCAGAUCAAAAGAUAAAAUAGGCAACUCCAUAGAAUAUAAGACUUUAUUAGAUGGUAAUUUACUUACAAGAAGAUCGAGCUAGAGCAGAAAGACGGCCCAGCAGUUUUGCAUAAAUUAUUCUCCACUAAAGACUCUUCUUACUGUACCGUUUUUAUGAUACAAUUCAGGUGCUAUCGAUUGACAAAACAAAAGGACAAAGAAUGUAGCAGCGCCAGGGGCUUUACUUACCUCCUGGUAGUCAAUAUUGUCACCAGUUUGAUAGUCAUCCUGGCCAUUACUAACAAAAGUGUUUAAGGUUACUUUUUAAGGACGACAGAUCAUCAUUAACUAGAAGGCUUUGAUAUGCUUGCUGGACAGUGAGGUUGGUCAAAGGUCACAGCAUGAAAGGACAUAAAGAAGGAGAUGGUUUUAGUUCAAAUCUACAUCUAUACCCCCUCACAACAAUUACCUGAGUUUUUUGUUCCUGUUACAGAAGAGGAAAUGGAGAGAAUGUGCCCAAGGUCGCACAGCUGCAGUGAGGAAGCCACAGUUUACCCAGAGGCAGUUCAUCCUCGGAACCUGAGCUUUUACCCCUGUUCUGUGCUGGAAAAUUAGGGGUUAGGCCUGGAAAAAAUCCAAGUCUCUUGACUCCCAGCCUAGAGCUGUCCUGUUUCUUUUUUAAAAUUUUCUAAUCAUAGUAAAAUAUACCAAUACAUAAAAUUUACCAUCUUAGCCAUUUUUAUGUACAAUUUGGCAAUGUUACAUGCGUUCACAUUGCUGUGAAACCAAUCUCUAGAACUUUUUCAUCUUGCAAAACUGAGGCUCUAUAAUGAUUAAAAAACUCCCCAUUCCCCACGGCCCCUGGCAACCUCCAUGCUACUUUCUGUCUCUGUGAAUUUGAUUAUUUUAGGUUGGAGCUAUCCUGUUUCUCAAAGUUCACCUGUUUUGCUGUUGAGCCAUCUGUUCUCAGUGUCGACAGAAUGAAUUGGACAGCCAGGGCUGCAGGAGUUCCAGGGAGGCCAAGGCGGGGUGAUCAGGGAAGGCUGCCUGGAGGAGGCGGCAGGUGAGGGAGGGAUGAGUUCUGCCUCUUUUGCUCUAGAAGGUGGAGAGAUGGUGGUAAGGGUGACUCAGGGAUGCUUGGCCCAUGUGGCCUGCCCUUUGAUUUAUGGUGGCCACCUCAGCGCCAACCUUUGUCCCCAAGUGAGUUCCUGUCAGAUGAGUAGGAGGUGCCAAGCCAUCCCAAAGGCCAGUGACUUGCCAAAGGCCUGGAGAAGUCCUGCGCCUGCCACCUCUAGAACCAUGGGGACAGUGCUGCACAGCCAGUCCUUGCGUGGACCACGGUCCUCCUAUGGCAAGCUCCAGGAGCCCUGCGGGAAGCCCCUGGAGGGCCGACUGCGCCGGGCACUGAGCCUUAGACAGGGGCGUGAGAAGGCCAGGGCCUCGGAUAGAGGCCCGGAAGGGCUGGACUCCCCCAGUCAGGAGCAGUGGCUGGGGGGCCUGGGGGACACGGAGCAGCUGGUCCAAGCUCAGCAAGAAGGAAGCCGGCGGUGGCUGAGGCAAUAUCAACAGGUUUGUUUAAUGGAUGGA